GACCUGUUGCAGAUUCAGCAGAUCAAGACAUAUCACCAGCGGAACUUGAAGGUGGUACGACGACCAAGGAACUUGGAGAUGAUAUGACGUUUGAGGACCUCGAAAUUGGGUGGUAUCCUCAAGAGUGUCACCUGUGCGAGCCCUAUCAACCUCCCGCGCAUUCCAGAUCACCCCAAAUUGUUGCCAACCAUACGCCUCCGCCUCGUGCCGAGUUCACGCAUACAGGCGCUGAGAGCUCGGCGGCCUCGGCGGCCUCGGCUACCAGCGAUGUUAAGGCUGGUUUUAUCGGCCAUCCGGCAGCAACCUGGGGCUAAAGGAUCCCAGCGGCUCUCAAAGUCAGGUAAAAAGACCUGCCCUCCGAAGAGGUGGUCCACAAGGAUAAUUACGGUCUAUACUACAACCAUUACGCCUAUAACGACGCUGACGGCGAAGUGCCGGAUUAGUAUAACAGUGGCAACUCCCAAGCACCCUAUAUACCCGCAGGCAGAGAACAAGGAAGGGCUGUCUGAGAAGAAGCGACUUCGACGGGCAGAAACACGUCUAUUGCCCUUCCCGGCCCCCUCACAAAGCUCACUAGCCACAAUUUGGCAAAUUUUCAACGGAACGAGAGCCACACCCAGACGCAGCAAGCUUCACCAGCUUCAACAUGCUCACCCCUCCUACAUUCUUUAUAGCAUCGAUGAGUACUCUUACCCGGAUAACCUGGAAACAGGCAUCGUCUUCGACACGAGCUACACUCGAGGUGCCAUUACCCCAAAGGGACACGAAAAGGAGGGCGGUAUGUUGAGAAAGGACUCGGAUGCAUGAGAUCAUUUUACCUUUGGCGCAGAUCCAGAUGACGAGGGUUUAAUAAACAUGUCGCAGGCACUCACGACAUCUACUCCGAUGAACGCGUCGGCAGCAUCCCAAGGGAUGACGGCCACUUCCACGGGCAUGACCCAUAAGAUGGCGCUAUUCAAACCAGAUCUUACGCA